UUUUUUUGUUGUUGCAAAAAGGAUAUUGCGAGCAGCUGUUUUCUCUCUAUCCUUGUUGAUAUCUCUUUUCAUUUUAAUAUUUUGUUCACAAUCUGAUUUAUAUUAUUCAAGAAACGCUUUUUGUUGUGAUACUAAAGCAACCUGGACUGUGAUUCGACAGUGGAACGAUAGUUUAAAAUAGUCGUUAUUUGGAUACAAGACUGUGAUAAGCUCCGUUUGCAAAGAUGGUCCGCACAAAGGUAUCACGAAACACUGCAUCGAAGCGUAAUCGUACCAGCUACCAGGAAGAGCGGCAUGCCCACAUAAUGCGCGAGUUUGAGAUCGUUUCUGAGACUUUCAUUAUGUCACUCGACGCCAAGCUGGACGCCGAUUUGAAAAGGAUCGACUAUCAGACGAGUAUGAUCAGGAACCGCAUACCGAAGGAGAUUCUCCAAAUGACGAUGGGCGAUUUGCGGAAGACCGGUUGCAAUCUGUUUGUCGAUGUGCUCAACAUGAGUCCCGCGGAUGGGGAAAGUGCAGGGAACUGCAGUCAGCUGUCGAACGGUUCGGCGGAUGCUCAAACAAGCUUUCAAAAAUCGUACCGCACCGAUGAGGGCUAUCUGACGGAGGAAUGUGCGAAACGUUCACUCGACGUGAUGGCUUCGGCUAAACCGUCCAAGCGUCCGAUGGGACCGCUCGCAUCGGCCAUGAAAAGUAAUUACGCACGUCGCCGAAGCAACUCCGUGUCGGGCCAUACCACCACACCGAGCAAGCCGGCCCAGCCAUCGAUGUUGUUCGGUAUAAAAGGCAAGCGGAAUGAGCUGCGUACACCGGCUAUCGGUAAGAACAUAUUCAUGGGGCAAUCGGAACGCUUUUCGCGACCCAAGCUGCGUACACCGUUGGCGCAGGUUAACAAUAAAAGCCGUUCGCAAGCGGUCAGCACCGAUCGAGGCAUGAGCCAGAUUACGCUGAAAGUGGAACCGAACACACCGCUCGCCUUCAUACGGUAUCCGAGGGCGGGCGAAAGCGUUUACUCGCUUACCGGCAGCCCGGUAGUGAAUGCGGUUAUGACCAAACACACGGCCAACGUAAAUAUUCCGGUGCCCGACGGGGUACUAUCGCUGCAACCGACCGAUCUGGAGGAUGUGGAUAAACAGUAUUUGCCGAAAAUUGAUUACGCUACGCUGGAGCACCUGAAGAAGCUGCAGUCGAACUUGAACAAAAUUAUGCAGUACGCCGAAGAGUGCAAUUUUCGUAUGAACCAAUGAUACCAAGGGGGAGUAAAAAAAAAAAGGGCGGAAAGACUGAUAUGGAAGUAGGAAGGUGUGUGUGUUUUUAUUAGUCGAAAUGUUUUAUACCGUUUGGGUUUGAAUAAAUGUGAGCAUGUUUUUAAGUAAA